UGGCGGCGGUGGGCACUGGAGGUGGGUGGCCUUGCCUUUUGCCGCCACCGCCGCCGCCAACAGCCUGUCAGCGGGGACCUGCGCAAGGCCCGGCUGGUUGGGACUCGUCUGUGGGGCGGGAUGGACUGGUUGUCCGACCCAAUCCCCUGCGGUUGGCAGGAGUAUGAGGCGGAGUGAUGCACGCCCCGGCGCCCGGCAGCGUUCUAGUUGUCAGAGACAUCGCUUCGGACUCUGCUGCCCGUGGCUGCGUUCUCCAGUCGGGAGCCCCUUCCAGAGAUUGGAACUGCUCUGUGCGGCCAGCGGGAGGUCCCCAAGGACGGAGUCUAAAGGUCAAAUCUUAUCUGUCAGUGCUGUGUGACAGCAUCGCAGCGGCACCUGCAAAACCUGAACUAGAUUCUGAAGUCAAGGGCCAUAUUGUAUUUCCAUUCUAAAUUCCAGUGCCCCUGGGCCCAGGAUAGUGCUCACUGGUUGAUGUUCAUGUAGAAUGCAUGUUGGGACGCUUGCUGAGGUCUUGCUCACAUUACACCACCAUCUUUCCUCCCUGCAGAUCCGUAAUGCCUCCUGUCUGGCUCUUUCAAGAUGGAGGAGAAACCUGCUGGAGAGCCUGCACAAGGGGUGUCUAAAUUCAAACUUUCCACAGGACACUGGCUGGUGGAAGAUCAUGCUCGAAUAUGGGAAGUUUUAAAGACAGAAGAGAGCUCGAUUCAGGACUGGGGUGAAGAGGUAGAGGAAGGAGCUGUUUACCAUGUCACCCUCAAAAGAGUCCAGAUUCAACAGGCUGCCAAUAAAGGAGCAAGAUGGCUAGGGGUUGAAGGGGACCAGCUGCCUCCAGGACACACAGUCAGUCAAUAUGAGACCUGUAAGAUCAGGACCAUAAAAGCUGGCACCUUGGAGAAGCUCGUGGAGAACCUGCUGACAGCUUUUGGGGACAAUGAUUUUACCUAUAUCAGCAUCUUCCUGUCAACCUACAGAGGCUUUGCCUCCACUAAAGAAGUGCUGGAGCUGCUGCUGGACAGGUAUGGAAACCUGACAAGCCCAAACUGUGAAGAGGAUGGAAGCCAGAGUUCUUCAGAGUCCAAGACAGUGAUCAGAAAUGCGAUCGCCUCCAUCCUGAGGGCCUGGCUUGACCAGUGCGCAGAGGACUUCCGGGAGCCCCCGAAUUUCCCCUGCUUACAGAAACUGCUGGAUUAUCUCAAACGGACAAUGCCAGGCUCUGACCCGGAAAGAAGAGCAAACAAUCUUCUUGAGCAGUUUCACAAACAAGAAGUGGACACCGACAAUGGGCUUCCCAACACCCUCUCCUUCAGCCUGGAAGAGGAAGAGGAACUGGAGGGUGGAGGGGCUGCAGAAUUCACGUGCUUUGCCGAAGACCUCGUGGCAGAACAGCUGACCUACAUGGACGCGCAACUAUUCAAGAAAGUCGUGCCUCACCACUGCCUGGGCUGCAUUUGGUCCCGGAGGGAUAAGAAGGAAAACAAACACUUGGCCCCCACUAUCCGAGCCACCAUCUCUCAGUUUAAUGCUCUCACCAAAUGCGUGGUCAGCACCAUCCUGGGGGGCAAAGAGCUCAAGACUCAGCAGAGAGCCAGAAUCAUUGAGAAGUGGAUUAACAUUGCUCACGAAUGUAGAAUCCUGAAGAACUUUUCCUCCUUGAGGGCCAUCGUUUCGGCGCUGCAGUCCAAUUCCAUCUAUCGCUUAAAAAAGACUUGGGCUGCUGUCCCAAAGGACCGAAUGCUGAUGUUUGAAGAACUUUCUGAUAUCUUCUCAGACCACAAUAACCAUUUGACCAGUCGGGAACUACUGAUGAAGGAAGGAACCUCCAAAUUUGCAAACCUGGACAGUAGUGUGAAAGAAAACCAGAAGCGGACUCAGAGGCGGCUUCAGCUCCAGAAGGACAUGGGGGUGAUGCAGGGAACUGUGCCCUACCUGGGCACCUUUCUAACCGACCUGACCAUGCUAGACACUGCUCUUCAGGACCAUAUUGAGGGUGGGCUGAUCAACUUUGAAAAAAGGAGAAGGGAAUUUGAAGUGAUUGCCCAAAUAAAGCUCUUACAGUCUGCCUGCAACAGCUAUUGUAUGACCCCAGACCCGAAGUUCAUCCAGUGGUUCCAGAGACAGCAGCUCCUGACAGAGGAGGAGAGCUAUGCCCUCUCCUGUGAGAUUGAAGCUGCUGCAGAUGCCAGCGCCACCUCACCCAAGCCUCGGAAGAGCAUGGUGAAGAGGCUUAGCCUGCUAUUUCUGGGCUCGGACAUUAUCACCAGUAGCACUCCCACCAAAGAGCAGCCCAAGUCCGCAGCCAGUGGGAGCUCUGGAGAAAGCAUGGACUCGGUCAGCGUGUCCUCCUGUGAGUCCAACCACUCCGAGGCUGAGGAGGGCUCCAUCACUCCCAUGGACACACCCGAUGAUCCUCAAAAAAAGCUCUCCGAGUCGUCCUCAUCCUGUUCUUCUAUCCAUUCCAUGGACACGGCCUCCUCAGGGAUGUCAUCCUUAAUCAACCCCCUGUCUUCCCCUCCAUCCUGCAACUCCAAUCCCAAGAUCCACAAGCGCUCUGUCUCUGUGACAUCCAUUACCUCGGCCAUGCUGCCUCCCGCUUACAACCAACAGAACGAAGACACCUGCAUCAUCCGCAUCAGUAUCGAGGACAACAAUGGCAACAUGUACAAGAGCAUCAUGUUGACGAGCCAGGAUAAAACUCCUGCUGUGAUCCAGAGAGCCAUGCUGAAGCACAACCUGGACUCCGACCCGGCUGAGGAGUAUGAGCUGGUGCAGGUCAUCUCAGAGGACAAAGAACUUGUGAUCCCAGAUUCAGCAAAUGUCUUUUAUGCCAUGAACAGCCAAGUGAACUUUGACUUCAUUUUACGCAAAAAGAACUCCAUGGAAGAGCAAGUGAAACUGCGUAGCCGGACCAGUUUGACAUUGCCCAGGACAGCUAAGCGGGGCUGCUGGAGCAACAGACACAGUAAAAUCACCCUCUGAAGGGAAGGACCACAGCCCCUUGCUCGCCAGAGGCCGAGAGAGCCUGAGAAUAGGCCGUGUGAUUGCAACUGCCAUCCAGUGUUAGACAUCUUUGUGAGGUCAACCAGUGUUUAUUGAGUACCUCCAGUGUGCAAGGCACGUGAAAGGGAAUCAGAGGUGAAUUUAACAUGAAAAGGAUGGACAAUUCACUGAUUCUCUUUGACCUACUCGAGACUGAAAUGCAAAAUUAUACACACUUAUAAAUAUAUAUAUAUAUAUAUGUACACGUAUUUGGUAUGUACGUGUAAAUAUAUAAAUAUGUGAGGGACUUAUGGGAUAUUCUGGACUAUGGAAAAACAAAUUUGCACAAUGGCCUGGGAAGUUGAGGUCACUUUUUACAGGGAAAUAGAAGGAACUGUGAACCUAGUCCCAUACUUUCCCAGUAAAUGGAAUCAACCCUAGGAAUACAGAGUGUCCUUCGGGCCAGUAUUACAAGAAGUCCAAACUAUUUUUAUAAAAGGAGAUUACUUUCUCAAUCAAGUGCCACCAGAGGAAACAGCUGCAGAGGCUGGAACUGCCCGGGCUGCAUGAAAAGCCGCUUUGGAAAGGGUUUGGAUGAGCCCGUGGCCUUAGGCCUCUGCUGUAUCCACAGCUCUCUGCUCCCCCUGGGAGGACAAGGAGGAACUUUGGGGGCCUUCCGACCCACUGGGCCAGCUGUCCUAACACUUUUGGAGCGAUCCUAAGCCCAUCUCAGUUUCCCGCAACAGCAUUGUGUCUCUGUCCCUCCCCAACCCCUGCCCCACCACACCCCCGAAAGCAUAUCAAGGUCAUUAUUGCACAAAUAGCCAUGGUCUUUGGUAACUUAUCAGCCAGAAGAGUAGGCACAAAAGAAUGGUGACUCAUUUGGACUCUUACCUGUCUCAGAUGCCACGACUUCAUUGCCUUUGCCAAUUGCCUUUUGCAUGUAAAACUAUAUGUCUGGAGUCUUUUGCCCAUCUGGACGGUAAUACCUCUAUAUUAUGUGCAAUUUGUUCCUCAGGUGUCGAAAUUUUUACUUUGAUGGACUGUCUGUGAUCAUUUGAGCCUGUGAAAGAUUUCUGAACAGUGAUUAAUCUGUUAUUAACCCCUGGGAAGAUACUAUCUGCUGAUAGCAGCGUCCUGUGUUCCUUACUAACUUUUACUUACUAACUGUGCCUAGCCGUGGGGAGAAAUGGGCCUUUCUUACCUAAAUCACUUUUAAAGAGGUACAUUUCUCCAGAUGGAAUCAAUACCUUUUUUUCCCCAGGACCCACCCUUGCUGUCAAGGUGUCACUGCCAAGUGACAUUUUUGUCUCAGCAACACCAUCACCCUCUCCCUUCCAAAUCUGAGCUGUGCUGGGGUUUGAACUAAAAAGCCAUAUGUUGGAUGUUGACAUGUAUAAAAAGCACUUUCAGAAUGUUGUCCUUUUUAAGAAAAACUUAUCAAAAUACCAGUUUUUAUCCCCAAAAUAAAGAGAAUGAACUCAGAAUAUGAAGUGCAGAUUGUAACCUGGAGGUCUCCCCUCCGCACCCCCACAAUCCUUGAAGACAACUCAAAGGUUGUAUGAGAUUUAUGUUUUGUGCCUAAACAGCCAUAUGAAAUUUGCAAGAAACACCAGGGAACGUUUCGAGACGUGUGGCAGUAAACCAAAGAAUGAGCCAGGAAAGCCUCCAGUUUCCUUUUGUUCUUUCUAGGAGAGGGAACCGUGCUUUGUAAAUCCUGGGUUUCCACUGGUCCGAGGACUAGAACUUUCUUUUCUCUGCGAGGCUCGUCUGAUUUUGGCUUUCUGUGCUUGGAAGAGAGAUGCCGGGGUGGUAGACAUCUUGCAGAUUGAAGUCAGUGUAGCCUCAGGCUGAGGUUCUUGGUUGGAAAAUCAAAAAGAACACAGGACUGUUGGCCUGGUUAGGGUGUGAUUACCAAACGUGUUGUGCCCUGUGCUCUCCCUGUGUAUUUAUACUGUAUAUGUAGAGUCUAGAUUUAUAUACUGCAAUGUAAAAUAUAUAUAUAUUUUCAUUUUUUAAAGACAAUGGAAAUUCCAAGUAGAUACAACAUAGCCUCACUUAUUUAAUGCCACUUAAAAUGUCUUAAAUUUGUUUCCUGAUAGAGAGCUGGGUAAAGCUCUUAGCUGCUCGCAUGCUUGUCUUUCUGCAUUUCCAUCAUCUGUUUACCUUUUGGUUAAACUAAUAAACUGGUUUGGGACUCGGUUGGCAUAUGCUGCUGCCAGACCCAAAGGACAUGUGUCUGGAGUGUUCAUCAGCUGGAUUCUGGGUUCCAGAUGUGUCAGUAAGCUUUUUGGAAGCUCAGGCUGGCUCUGUCAAAGGGAGCAGUGGGGGAGCCAGCUGCAGGUAGGUGGGGGCUCCUCUCACAGGAAGUGUCAUGUGGACUUGGGGGAUAAGAAGGACACCCUCCAGGAACUGAGGGGGGGCCCUGCCAAGUGGCUGGUAUUAGGAGUCAGGCAGUCUGAAUUUCAAAAACAUGAACUCAGAGUUAGGAUCCAAGUCUCUUUGCCUUCUCUUUGCAGCCUUCCCCCAGCCUGCACCUGCUACUGCCUGCAGGAUUUCUGAAGCCAUCUACAGUGUCCUGAGAGCCCCAGGGCCUCUUUGGAGGAAAUUCUCCCCAAAGAGAUUCACACUGAGGCCAGCUCCAUUCAAUGGCAGCACAUCAUUAUCUCUUCACCAGAUUGUGUCCCAAUGGCCCCCACGAUUACUUUCCAGGAGCUUGCUAAUGGACCCAAACCAGCAAAUAUUCUGGGUCCUUGUAGAAUUUUUCAGAGAGCUGAGUAGACAUUGGAAUAAAUGAUAAUAUGGGAACAAAGGCAUUUCUCUGGCGUUGGGUUCCUCUUUUUUGAAGAUAAUUCUAGAAAACUGGUUCCUUUGUUUCUCCAUCCAUCUAGAAUCUGGACUGGUUGAUGUUUUGCCUGAAAGAAUAAUGUCAAAUUUCCUUGUGGGGGCAUUUUCAAGUUCACAUGCAGCACAGGACCAUCCAGAUCAUACAGGAUUGCUCCGUGCUCUGAUUGUGCUUUCCGGAGGUUUCCUGACUCCACACUUGUUUGCUACAGAUGCUGUAAUGAUACUGGCUACAACCUAGACCCACGAUUCCACUAUGAGAGGUUAUUUUCAUUGUAUUUUUGAAUGACCCUUCCCCUAAAGCUUUCCUAAAGUGAAACACUUCAAAGAGAUGUGUUAGAUAAGGUUAGACCAGGAUCAUAUCAUAAAAUCUCAGUUACUUAGGACAGAGAAUUACUGUUCACUCAUGUCAUGGGUAAUGCUAGGCUCCUGGUGCCUUUUCUGAAUGGUAGUUCAAGGACCCAGUGCUUCCAUCUCGAAGCUCUCUUCCUAUGAGAGUACACAGGUUUAUUCUUCUUCCCUCAGUCAUCAGAAAGUUUGUACAAGGAGGGCUUGUGGUGUGAGGAUGGGAUAGGUCUGUGCAGAGCAAAGGGAGGGUUGGGGAAUGAGAGGUACUCAGAGGAAGAAGAAAUACUAGAAAGAAGACUUCUUAGUCUAGAAUUAAUAACAUAGAAGUUAUUUGUAAUUUCUAGCAUGCAAUUACCACCAAUUUGCAUGCUUCUACCAUAGUCUCUACAGUGACUAAACUAGAAGUGACUUCACAGAUGUAGCUUUAGGUCAGGUUAAAAACAAUCUAGAAGAUUCCAAGAGCUUACAUAUUAACCACCAAAUCCAAGAGAAGCAGGCAAGCUUAAUUAUCUUAGACUCAGAAUUUGGAAGCCACUAUUGGGUGAGGGUUCUCAACAUCUCUACCCAGAAAACUGUGUGGAAGCAAUUCACUUACUAGCUUGAGGAGUCCAAAGUAUCGAACAUUUUCUUAAAAGUUGCAAAGCAAAAAAGAAAAAAUUGCAAGGCAUCUUGCAGAUCACAUAACCAACCCCUCAAAUUAUAGACAUGGGGGCUGAAGCCCCCAGCAGGUAAGUAGCUGCCCAGGGAUAGGGGCAGGGCUCUGAACUGUGUGCCAUACUAGGUGGGUUCUGAACCUGGGGGGCUUCACUGACAGAUUGUCCUCUGUAAGCUGUGGAGCUGGGGAGAAGCCUGGCCUGUGGGUUCUAUCCCACCCUCCCAUCACAUGAGUUCUCCUGAGUUCUCUUGGUUAAAGGGCAUAUUGUUGGUUCUUUACAAUCUCCUGGGAAUGUUCUUCUGCUGGUCUUGGAGCCCUGAGGGCCACCUGCUGUCCUGAGCAUUCGUCCACCUCACAGAUGUGAAAACAGGUCCAGCAGGAGUGAGCUUAUCCUGUGAGUUAGCCCCCAGCUAGGACUUAACUCCAUUUCUAAUUCAUGGACACAACUGUCUGGUGGGAUGAAGUGGUUUCAGGGGGAGCCUCUGUGAGAAGUACCAAGUAAGUGAAUAAGAAAUUAGUGGAGGAGCAACGGAUAUGACUGGACUUGGGUGCCGUCUGAGCGUGAGGACCCCCAACUCAGCUUUUGUAAGCCAGUUACCAGUAUCCAUGUUACCCCAGGCUUCUCAAAAAAAAAAAAAAAAAACAAAAACACUGUUAUUUCACCAUUAUUUCACCCCAAAGCAAUGUCUUGUGCUACAGUCCAAAUGUCUUACAUAGGAAUGCCAGUAAAUCAAGUUUAAAAAAAAAAAAAAGAAAGAAAAAAACAAUGCAACAGCUUUGAAAUGCAUUCUAGAUGAGACUUUUAGCCUGCCCCAGACAUUUAUUUCGACACCUUGUUUAUACAUUAUGUGAUUUCCAAGCCUUGGGCAAAACCUGAGAAAUGUCGUUCUGAUCAGCCAAGUAACCACUGUAAGACAGUUCAUAGACAGGAACUCAGGAGGGUGUGGAGCUGCAACCUCCUUUAUAUCAGGUUCCAUGUGUGUGGAGGGGAUGGGGGACAGAACUACCCGGUGUUAGAAAACGAGACAUGAGGCAGACUGUCGCUCAGAGGCUGUGCCCUGCUGCAGCUGGGAUCAGGUGGGAUCUGCCUGCCUAGGUCUGACUGCCUCCUCUGACUGCCCCGGGAAAGUCCCUUAACUCAGCUGCUGCCUCAUCCACGAAGCAAGAACUGGACUGUGAUGGAAGACCUUGGGCACCUUCGUGGUGGGGGUGGAGCGGUGACGUGCAUGCAAGGAGACGUGAAACUAUACCUCUCCAUCACACACCGUGUUGUAAACCAA